UUACGAAGGUGGGUCAUAGCAUUUAUGUAAACCUUUUUACUUAGGAAGAGUCCUUUUCUUAUUUAAUUAUUUUCUAAAGACAUUUUAUUAAAUAGUAGCAGGGUCCUGUAGUUACUUGAAGCUAUUCAAUAUCAACUCUGGGUUAUGAUGAACUGAGACUGCAUUCUCAGUUUGUAGUUAUUAGGAUUUAUGCCUGUUCCUCGCUUUAUGAUAUGAAAACCUCUUUGUACCUUCAUUUCUCAUGGACAGACUUGGGAAAACUGUACCUGGUCACGUGACUGGGUCAUGUGGAAUUUGUGAAUUUGUUACACAAUUACUUAAUUAUGGCUUGCUGGAAUAUUUCCUUUUUUUGGGCUUCUGAUAUUCCUAAUGAGACCCUUGGGUCUGAUAGGAAUUUGCAUUUCACUUUUAUUUAUUGCUAGGAUUAAGGUAACCACAGUUUAUUAAGCAUUUAUUAUGUACUCUAAGGACUUGGGGAGCUUCUCUUGAAUCCUCUAAUAACCCAGUGAGGUGGACAUUAUUUAUUCUUACUCUUUAUAGAUACGAAAGCUGAUCCUCACAGAGAUUAAGUAGAAGCUAGAAACCAGCAGUGUUGUAUUUUGAAUCCAGAUUUCUUUUAACUCCAGAGCCUGGACCCUUAACCACCAUAAUAUUUUGCCUUAGUAUAUUUUUUGUUUAGGGUAGUAAUUUUUUAGAAUGUGGGAGAAAAGCCUUUAAAAUGUUUCUUUCCCUCUUCUUACUGAGGUUUACUGAAAGCUAUUCAGAUGAUGAUUCAAAUAUGGAAGACUACCCAGAUCCACAGGCAGCAAAUCACAUGAACAGCUCCCUGCUCUCCUUAUAUCGGAAAGGACAUCCUGAAUCUGUUUCAAGGACUCCCGAGAUGGAGCCCAGAGAAACCACUGGCUCGAGCCCGUGGACACCUUCCGGAACACGCUUCAUCCCCUUGAAGACCCCAGCCAGAGGUUCUGAGGGAGGGUGGUUUAUCGACAGAACUGGUGGAAAGAUGGACGUGACAGAUGAGAAGAGUAAUCACAAGAAGCUAGGAUCUGAGAUAGAGAAUCCCAAAGAUGCUUCUCUUCUGGAGUGUAGUGAAAAAAGGAAAGUCAGACUGAAGAGCAAAGGAAGCAAAAGGAAGAAAGACCUUCAGGAAGCAGAUGGAGAAAUAGAAGCUGUCCUGCAGCAGAAAGCUAAAGCCAAGGGGCUAGAGUUACAGGUCUCCAAGGUGAAGUUUGAAGAUGUUGGAGGCAAUGAUACGACGUUAAAGGAGGUGUGCAAGAUGCUCAUCCACAUGCGUCACCCCGAGGUGUACCAGCACCUGGGCGCCACCCCGCCGCGCGGAGUCCUCCUUCACGGGCCGCCAGGCUGCGGGAAGACGUUGCUCGCACACGCCGUUGCUGGGGAACUGGACCUCCCGAUUCUGAAGGUAGCUGCCACGGAGAUUGUGUCCGGAGUAUCUGGGGAGUCUGAGCAGAAGCUGAGGGAGCUGUUUGAGCAGGCUGUGCCCCUGGCCGCCGUGGCUCUGCUCCCGGCAGUUGGUGCUUCUGUCUGAACCUCCUGUCUCCACUCUGUCCAGUCUGCGCCUUGAAGAACACGCACGGGGAGGGUGCUCGUCGUCCACACGGCGUACCGGGGACUCCCCUCCCUCCCUUCCUCAGCGCGGUCCUCACGGCCGCUGCUGGUUCUCUGGCUCAGCGUGUGCUCACUCACUGGUCAUACCUCGUAGCAUCGAGGAUAUGCCUCGUUGAUGAAAGAAUUUCAGUGACUUGCUCACCACAAAGCACGGGUGGAUGAGAGGGUUGGAAGCGUGGUAGCCUGUGUGCAGUCUCUCCCUGCCCUCUGUGCAGCAUCUUAAGUCCGAUGAAAGCAGAAGUGAUAACGCCAGGAACUGCCUUCUUGAGUGCUGCUCGUUUGCUGAACGACCGGCGGACUCCAGGAUUCUUUAAAACAUAAAGACUGAACUAUGCUGCAGUGUGGGGAAUGUCUUUAUGAUUGUCUUCUGUGAUACUUUUAU